UUUUGGAAGCAGAUCACCAGGGCUGUCUUCCGAGGCACCCCUGGGUGGGUUUGAAUCACCAACCUUUCAACUAGUAGUCGAGUGCUUAACUGUGUAUCCAGUGACCUGGCAAUAACGAAUGUUCAAAGCAAAGGAACCUGUUGAACGAAGAAGUGAAGUGGUUCGUCUGAUACCUUCGUUCAUCCAUAAACUGCUACAAUGAAAUAUGAACCAGAAUUUAAAAAGUCCCCAUCACAUCUGCUGAAGAAAUUUGCAGUAUGUGAUAUUCCUCUGUAUGACAUAUGUGACUACAACGUCUCCAGAGACCAGUGCAAGGAACUUGGCUGCUGCUUCUAUAAGGGUGUCUGCUAUGAGAAGGCAGUUCCGAUUUAUGUGCAGGUGUUCUCUGCCUUGAUCGUCAUCAUCUCUGGGGCCUUUAUCAUCACGAUAAUUUACAGAGUUGUUCAGGAGAGUAGAAGAGAAAAGGAAGUCUCUACCGUCAUAAGCUCAUCGUCCAAGCUAGAUGAGGUAUUCACAGCCAGUGAGAAACCUGUGUCACAGGGGCAGAGAUCCGAACCGAUGACACAGAGCUCUGACCAACCUGGAGAGUCAGAAACAUUGACAGUAACACACACCGAAGAAUCCGAGGAAUGAAACGCAUCAUGAAGGAGUGAAGAUGGCAGAAGAAUCCAAAUGAAAUGGGACAGCAGGUGAAAUGUGGGAUGGGACUACCACCCAAAGAGAAAAAU